AUGAAUAUGAUGGGGGCCUCCUCAACCGUUUCGAACAUCUUGUACAGUUAUUUCAAUAUUAAAAGGAGCAAACUGAUUUGGACUGGAUCGCUCGAAACUCUGAAAGCAUUUGUCCUCACAGAGAUUGACGAAGAAACUGCCGAAACAACUACAUGGUGCUCGCCCAGUGGCGAUAAAUGGCUAUUUGACAGCAAGUUGUUAUCAGUUACUUGGCUAACAAAAAGCCAGAAUAUUUAUUUCGACGGUGAGAAGGGCCGUGACUUGAUGGAACGAAUACAUUCAUUUUUAAAGUAAGACCCGGACGUCAAUGCUUCAGAAAUCGCUAAUCCUGCUGAACUUGAUCUGGAACGGUCGAUUGAAAGUUUGCUAGCUGAAGAUUCUGAAGAUGUCACAGAUGAUACGUUUGAAGAAUCGUUCAGUGAUCAAUGUGAUAUUGCAAAGAAAUUGAAAAACCAAGAGGAAAAACAAGCCAGUAUAGAUUUCGAAACCUCUUCCGAUCUACGAUGA